UGGUCGAAGCAACGAAAGUUUGCAAUAUACUGUGUUCACCAAGAUACGGAACUUUUGAAUGCUUCCAUGACUGUUUCCUCGAAGAUUUUAAAGAUGGAAAUUGUGUUAAUGGGCGUUGUUGUUGUACAAAAUGAUAAAAGCGGUCACGUUUCUAGAAAACUGGCAAUUAGAGCGGUUGAGUAA